GGAACAGAUUUUGUCACUCACGUCACUGUUUUCGGGAAUUGUGGUGAUUGAGAGAGAUGGCCACUGUUGUUCCUUAAUGUUUCUCGCUCUUUCCAACUACGAUCUGAGUCCCUCGGUUUUUGGAGACUUGUGUGCGUGUCAGAUGGUGGUGGCAAGGCGGAGAUGUUACAAAUGAGAAGCGGUAAAUUCGAGGAAAUACACGGAUACGUCAAUAUGGCGACAGCUGCCGCCUCCCCUGCUCGUUUUGAAUCCACGACAAUUAAGCCCCCUGCCCUGGCGGAGCCCCAAGCAUCCCUGUGAAGGAGCACCAUGACAAGAUGGCACAGCUGCUUGUACCGCCCGGACCUGAUAGCUUCUGCCACUUCUGUCCCGACUCGCUUGCCGCCAUCGAAAGGCGCAUCACCGAGGAGGAGGCCCGGAGACCCCGCGUUGACCGCUGUAGCGACAGUGAUGACAACGAGCCCAAGCCCAACAGUGACCUGGAGGCGGGGAAGUCCCUCCCCUUCAUCUACGGUGACGUCCCCCAAGGCUUUGUCUCCACCCCUCUGGAGGACCUGGACCCCUUCUACUCCAAUCAGAAGCAUGUGUCUCUGAACAUGUUGGGUUCUUUCCUUGACUUGUGUCUCUGUACGUUGUUCAGCAUGUUAAUCAUGUUCACCAUUUUGACCAACUGUGCUUUUAUGACUCUGAGCAACCCCCCGGACUGGGCCAAGAAUGUUGAGUACACAUUCACAGGGAUUUACACAUUCGAGUCUCUCAUUAAAAUCUUGGCGAGGGGGUUCUGUGUGGGGAAGUUCACCUUCCUCAGGGAUCCAUGGAACUGGUUGGACUUCAUGGUAAUCUCCAUGGCAUAUGUGACAGAGUUUGUGGACCUGGGUAAUGUCUCGGCCCUCAGAACCUUCAGGGUUCUCCGAGCCCUCAAAACUAUAUCAGUCAUCCCAGGACUAAAGACCAUUGUGGGCGCUCUGAUCCAGUCGGUCAAGAAGCUCUCCGACGUCAUGAUCCUCACCGUUUUCUGUCUCAGCGUCUUCGCCCUGAUUGGCUUGCAGCUCUUCAUGGGCAACCUGAGGCAGAAGUGUAUCCGCAACCUCGUCAAUGACACGAUCCCCGACGACCGCCUGAACAGAACUCUGGGAACUCCAGACUUAAAUGGAACCGAUUUCAAUGGCACUGAUUUCAACGUCACUAGCUCCGUAAACUGGACUGAGUACAUCAACGAUGAGAGUAAUUACUAUUACCUCCYCAACCGCAGGGACGCCCUCCUCUGUGGGAAUGGCAGUGGAGCCGGGUUGUGCCCAGAGGGAUUCACGUGCAUCAAGGCGGGCAGGAACCCAGACUACGACUACACAAGCUUCGACUCGUUUGGCUGGGCCUUUCUGUCCCUGUUCAGACUCAUGACCCAGGACUUCUGGGAAAAUCUCUACCAACAGACCCUGCGAGCGGCGGGGAAGCCCUACAUGAUCUUCUUUGUGUUGGUGAUCUUCCUGGGUUCCUUCUACCUGGUCAACCUGAUCCUGGCUGUGGUGGCCAUGGCCUACGAUGAGCAGAACCARGCCACSAUAGAGGAGGCAGCCCAGAAGGAGGAGGAGUUCCAGGCUAUGCUGGAGCAGCUCAAGAGACAGCAGGAGGAGGCAUUGGUUGCCGCGGCAGCAGCCACAGAGAGCCACGGAGAGUACAGCGGGAGAGGGGGGCCCUCCUCAGAAGCCUCCUCAGGGACCUCCAAACUCAGCUCCAAGAGCGCCAAGGAGAGAAUGAACCGUCAGAAGAAGAGAAAAGAGAGGGGCGAGCACGAGAAGUUCCACAAGUCCGAGUCAGAGGACAGUAUCAAGAGGUUAAGCUUCCGGUUUUCGAUAGAUGCCAACCGGCUGUCCUACGAGAAGAGAUGCUCCUCACCCAACCAGUCUCUCCUCAGUAUCCGUGGCUCCCUCUUCUCCCCGAGGAGGAACAGCCGAGCUAGCCUGUUUAGCUUCCGAGGCCGCGCCCGCGAUGUGGUCUCCGAUAACGACUUCGCCGACGACGAGCAAAGCACGUUCGAGGACACCGACAGCCGCCGCGGCUCCCUGUUCGUGCCUUGCCGUGUCGAGCGCCGCUCCAGCACGGUCAGUCAGACUAGCCUGGCCCCUCAGCGCGUCCUGCUGCCCGCCAACGGCAAGAUGCACUGCACCGUGGACUGUAACGGCGUCGUCUCGCUAGUGGGAGGGACCUCGGUGCCCACCUCGCCUGUAGGACUGCUCCUGCCUGAGGGGACUACCACUGACUCUGAGAUAAGGCUGAAGAAGAGGAGGUCUCGCCAGGCUUCCAUGGCCUACCUAGAUGAGCCAGCCAGAGCCAGAGCUAUGAGUGUGGCCAGUAUUCUCACCAACACCAUGGAGGAGCUUGAAGAGUCCAGGCAGAAGUGUCCACCAUGCUGGUAUAAGUUUGCCAACACCUAUCUGAUCUGGGACUGCUGUCCUAUGUGGUUGAGUUUCAAGGGGAUCGUCAACACGGUGGUGAUGGAUCCCUUCGUGGACCUGGCCAUCACCGUCUGUAUCGUCCUCAACACCCUCUUCAUGGCCAUGGAACAUUAUCCCAUGACCAAGGAGUUCAAUCACGUCCUCUCUGUCGGGAACUUGGUGUUCACGGGCAUCUUCACGGCUGAGAUGUGUUUCAAGCUAAUCGCUCUGGACCCCUACUACUACUUUCAACAGGGAUGGAACAUAUUUGACGGCAUCAUCGUCAGUCUGAGUCUGAUGGAGCUCGGCCUGGCCAAUGUAGAGGGCCUGUCUGUGCUCCGGUCUUUCCGAUUGUUGAGGGUGUUCAAGCUGGCCAAGUCUUGGCCCACCCUGAACAUGCUGAUCAAGAUCAUCGGUAACUCGGUGGGAGCGYUGGGUAAUUUGACACUGGUCCUAGCCAUCAUCGUGUUCAUCUUCGCCGUGGUGGGCAUGCAGCUGUUCGGCAAGAGCUACAARGAGUGUGUGUGUAAGAUCGCAGACAACUGCCAGCUGCCGCGCUGGCACAUGCAUGACUUCUUCCACUCGUUCCUCAUCGUGUUCCGGGUGCUGUGUGGGGAGUGGAUCGAGACCAUGUGGGACUGCAUGGAGGUGGCUGGUCAGAGCAUGUGCCUCAUCGUCUUCCUGAUGGUCAUGGUUAUAGGGAACCUGGUGGUCCUGAAUCUGUUCCUGGCCCUGCUGCUCAGCUCCUUCAGCGCCGACAACCUGGCGGCCACGGACGACGACAGCGAGAUGAACAACCUGCAGAUCGCUGUGGGCCGCAUCCAGAGGGGCGUGGCCUGGGUCAAGGUGACCAUCCGCCAGGUCAUUCAGAGCCUGUUCCUCGGGGGCAGAGCCACCAAAGGGGUCAAGGAGGGGUCACUGGAGGAGGGCAAGCCCCUGGACGAGCUCCACAGCUCCAUCAACGGCAAGGGGGGCAACUGCAUCUCAAAUCACACGUUGGUCGAGAUCAGUAAAGAUCCGAGUGGGGACUAUCUGAAGGAGGGGAACGUGCGGCCCGGAGGGGGGUUGGGGGUGGGGCUAGGAGACAGUACGGAGAAUUACCCAAAGGAGGAGUGUAACUACAUGUCGUUCAUCCACAACCCCAGCCUGACGGUGAGCGUGCCCAUCGCGGUGUGCGARUCGGACUUUGAGACCGCUAUCACGGAGGAUAGCAGCGACUCGGCCUCCGAGGAAAUGUCGAUGGGCAGCAAAGAGAAGCUACCUGUAGAGCCCCAGCACCUUACCUCGUCGGAGGGCAGCUCGGUGGAUAUCGGGCCCCCGGGGGAUGGAGUUGAGUCAGUGGAGCUGGAGGACGAGGAGUCAGAGGACCCAGACAACUGCUUCACUGAUGGCUGUGUACUCAGGUUCCAGUGUUGCCAGGUGAACGUUGAGGAGGGCAAGUGGAAGAUGUGGUGGACCUUGAGGAAGACGUGUUUCAUCAUCGUGGAACACAACUGGUUCGAGACCUUAAUCAUUUUCAUGAUCCUGCUCAGCAGUGGCRCUCUGGCGUUUGAAGACAUUUACAUAGAGCAGCGGAAGACCAUUAAGAUAGUGCUGGAGUACGCAGACAAAGUCUUCACCUAUAUCUUCAUCCUGGAGAUGCUGCUGAAGUGGGUGGCCUACGGAUUCAAGAAGUACUUCACCAACGCCUGGUGUUGGCUGGACUUCCUCAUUGUUGAUGUGUCUCUGGUGAGCUUGGUAGCCAAUGCGUUAGGCUACUCUGAGCUGAGUGCCAUCAAGUCCCUACGAACACUGCGGGCCUUAAGACCCCUGAGGGCCUUGUCACGGUUCGAGGGCAUGAGGGUGGUGGUGAACGCCCUCCUGGGUGCCAUUCCGUCCAUCAUGAACGUGCUGCUGGUGUGCCUCAUCUUCUGGCUCAUCUUCAGCAUCAUGGGCGUCAAUCUGUUCGCAGGGAAGUACUACUACUGCGUCAACACCACCAACGACGAGACCUUUCCCAUCGAGGUGGUCAACAACAAGAGCGACUGUCUGGCCCUGGCCAAUGACAGCGCCCGAUGGAAGAAUGUCAAGAUCAACUUUGAUAAUGUCGGGGCCGGGUACUUGGCCUUGUUGCAAGUGGCAACGUUYAAAGGUUGGAUGGACAUCAUGUACGCAGCUGUGGACUCUCGUAAUGUGGAACUUCAGCCCCAAUAUGAACAGAACCUCUACAUGUAUCUGUACUUCGUCAUCUUCAUCAUCUUUGGCUCCUUCUUCACUCUCAACCUCUUCAUUGGUGUCAUCAUUGACAACUUCAACCAACAGAAGAAAAAGAUA